AUUAGCGCACCGGAAAGGACCGCACCGGUUCACGCAUCCAACCCUACGGCCUCCGUACUAUUCCCCCCCACAAUUUUGCAAUCCAACUUGCCUACUCUUUCCUCACUCCUUCCCCCUCUUCGCUGCCACUGGCCCCGCUGCUCCUCUUAUCUUCCUUCCGGUGGAGUCGAUCGCAUGACAGCCGAAACAGAAACGGACAAAUAGUGCCAUUCCACUCUCUUGAUACCCUCUCCUUUCGCCUCGUCUCUCCGUCUCAUGUUCCGUUUCUGGGAGUAAGAUAAACGAAGUAAGAGAGAGGCAAAUCGGGGGAAAAUAAAAAGGGAAGGCAGGGGGGGUUAAUGGUGGUGGUGAGUAGUGAGAGCAGUGCGUGGAUAUCAUCAUCAGCGGUGCAUCCUCGUAUUCGCCGGAGGAACAUGGACGGCGGCUCGGGAGAUCACACCAUCCAUCGUUGCUGUUCCUCCUCUUGUUCGCCCUUCGCCAGCGAGACUGCGUCAGGUGCCGCGUGCUGCCCCUCCUUCCGUUGCCCAAGAAUAAGUGCCCGUCGGUCUUCUCUCUCCGGUGGAGACGUCGACGCAUGAUCUCCGCCCUGCCGUCCCCUCUUCAUCGCCCUCCUCCUCCGCCUGCUGCUCCUCCUCCUCCUUCUCUUGUUGGCCCUUGAAGAAUUGGGGGCCCGGGUCCGAUGCUUUCGGCCACCAUGGCGUCGAUCCUGUCCUCGACGUGGAGCGGCGGCUGGAGUCGGUCUCUCAGGUAUGAUCGUCAUCGUCGUGGAUGGGACUGGAACGGGAAGAAGACGAGGCGCGUGGGGAGCCCCCUCCCCCCGGCCGUUGUUUCCCCCACGCUCUGCAGUCAAGCGAGCGAUCCACGCUCCGGUUCCGAUCUCAAGGUCCGUUCCUCCACUUCUCCAUCUCCGCCUCUACGAUUGUACGCACCCGAGCCGUUCGCGGAUCGAUCGUUGCCCUCGACGAGAUGGAUCUUGGAUCCCACCGUUUCCGUUAUCUCGUUUCUUCUCUCCUCUUUUUCUUUCUUUUCUCUUCGAUACUCGCGCCUUCGUCUUUAUUGAUCAACACGUUCUCUCUCUCUUUUUUUUCUCCUUUUUUUUUGGGCAUGGAUGUAAAACAAUGGAUGCAGAUUCUCAAGAUUGCCAGGGAAAAAUUCACCCAGGAGAUCUCCUUCAAGUCCGAGGAUAAAGAUGUUUCGCUUGCCAGGGCCUUGCUGUAUAUUGCUGCUGAAGAUGAAGCUUUUAUGGCUUUUCAUCGAGAUAUGGAUAUGUGCUCAUUUGUAAAUGAAAGAAAGGAUGCUGCAGUUCCUUUCAAGGCUGAACCGGAAGUUAGUAAUGUAGAAGAUAUUUCUUUAGCUGGCAAGAGCGUGUCUGGGUGGUUAAAUGAAUUAGAUACGAUAGCAAAGGAAGUGGAAACAGAGUUGGUCUCAAGAGACAUAGGGUGCCAUUUGGAGGAAGUGUUGGAGGCUGUUAAUGCUGUUCUUUUUGAAUCAAGAGGCUUCAAAAGACUGCCUGUGUUUCUAGAUUCAAAGUUUUCGUACUUCCAUAUAGUACUUAGCUGUGGAUGUGGCAGUGCUAUCGUGCUUAGCAUCAUUUAUAUUGAAAUCUGUCGAAGACUUGGUAUUACCAUUGUUGGUUCUUGUGUUGGGGAAGAUUUUUUGAUUUGGCCCCAGACAGGGAAUCCAGAGGAACUGUUCAGGGCUUCUUCAGGAUGUAGCUUGUUUGCCAUGAUUAAUGGCAAUUGUGUUCAGGAUCCUAGAUCAAAGGCUUCUGACUUGAACAGUAAAUCACUUUUAGAACUUGAUAUUGCAACUAACAGAGAUAUCAUUGGGAUUGCGCUGGCUAAUCUGAUCAGACUUCAUUGGAAACGUGCACCAAGGGCGAACUGGGGGUUGAUGUUAACUUCUCCACUUAGACCAGUUCAUCCUGGGAAUGACAAGACUAACAUGGCAGAGAGCACGAGGAAUCCACUAUUCCGGCCUCAAGAGCUAAGAUUGGCAAUUAUGGCUUCGGAAAGAUUGUUGAUUCUUCAGCCUCACAACUGGAGAUUAAGGAGAGACCAUGGCAUGCUUUUAUACUUUAACAGGAGGUAUGGAGAAGCAGUUCAAGAACUUAGCAUUUGCAUGGCCUUUGCACCGGUGGAGGAGGCAGAGGUCCUGGAACCAUUUGUUGAGAAGCUGCAUCUUCUCCGUCUUUUAUCAUCCUGGGAAUCUUGGGAGCAGGCUGGAUCAGUAGCAAUUCCUUAGUUGUCUGAACAGUUCUAGUUUUUUCAUACUUCCUUUCAGCUUUGCAGAUGCCGUUGUAGCUUAUUAACUGUAUGUGUGCGUGCUGCAUAUUCCUUAUUGCGGCACAUCACUGACUUGGUGUGGAUGUUAGAAGAACUGGUACAGUGGCAUUCUUGAUCAUCACAAGCUGUCCCUUUGUUUUCUCAAGCAUUAACAUAUUGUCUUCAAUCCA